UCGCCCAAAACAAGACCUGAGGUGCACAUUUUUUUCUAGUCGAAACAGUGAUUAAAACCCAAUUGAGUGAAUUUAAUCGGGAUAAAUUACGAUCCUUGGGAUUGUUGGUUGAAUCUUCCGGGGAUUCAGGAAAGUGCGGGAGGAGGAGGAUUGAGAGGUGGUGGGUGGAACGGCCAGGCCCGUAUCCACUCCAAACAAAACAUGGACGCCGUGGGUAUUGAUACGUCGGAGCCGUCACAGGACGAUGAGCCUGUUGAAUCGGCGGUGGGAAUAUGUCGGGUUUGUUUACACGGCAACUUGAUGAUGAGAGAUUUGUUUGGAGAUGGUGAGGUUGUCUCGCUGUCCAGCAAGGCCAUGAGCUUCGCCAGUGUUAAGAUGAUCCAAGGAGACGGUCUCCCCUGCCAAGUCUGCUGCGACUGUGCGGAGAAGCUCGAGUCCGCCUACGAGUUCAAACUCCAGGUGGAGCAGGCCGACAGCGUCCUCCACGAGCGAUACGACGGUCUGAACAUAAAAGAAGAGCUCUUCUUCAACGAGGUUGAGGUUCACUUGGAGAACGAUCGUCACGAUGAAGUCGCAGAGAUGGACGUUGACGCCCAAUACGACGCAGCAUCAGAGGCCCUGAACGUCUCUGACCCCGAGAAGUCAACCCUCCUGAAGGACCACCUGGCGCUCCUCGAGGUAGAGAAGCUCGCCGAGCGAGAUCACGUCCUGAGCCACUCGGAAAUGAUCCAGGAGGCCUCCCACCCUCCUCAACUCACCCACCACCGGAUCCAAGAAUCCCCCCUCAAGGAGCCACUCCUCCAAUCCCAAGAGGACUACCUCGACGAGCCCUCUGAGCCCUCCACCCACGAGAUCCUCAUGUCCCCUGACGAUGAAUGCCACAUAAAGGCGGAAGGCCUUAACCCAGGGGAAAUGACCAUCGACGAGCACAACUACAUGGUCCAGCAGGGCUACACUCUGACGAACGAGCAGGAGCAGCAACUAAUGCAACAGGAUAACGACGACAAUGGCUCCCAGGACUUCCCCACUUUAAUGCUGGAGGAUGAAGACCCUGAGGAGGCUGAAGCUGCUGAGAAUGAGGCUCAGGAGCAAGAGCAGGAGCUGCACGAAGAACUAGAGCAGCCCGAAAUCGCCCUUGACCCCAAGCCCCAAGAGACUGAACCCCUCGAGGUAGAGCCCUUGCCCUCGAAAGCCAAAAGAUCUCGAAAAGAUUCAGACCAAAACUCCUCGGAAGACAAUUACUUUGAGAAUCUCAACCUGAGCAGUAGACUGAAGCAGUUCGACGAUGAAAAAUCAGACAAAAUAUUCUUCAUGUGUUACUUCUGCGAUAAGCAAUUCGUGUCGAAAGUGAUAUUAAAAGAGCACAUGCAUUCUCACGAAGAAGUUCGUAAGACACUGUCUCUGAAGAAGACCCCGGAGAAGGCUCAGAAGCCCCACACACCCACUGUGAAGUCCCAACCAUCGGGGAAGAAGGCGAAUAAGUGCCCCUACUGUGGUAAAGAGUACCUCUACGUGAUUUCCUUCAACAAGCACAUCAAGCAGCACGAGAAGAACGAAGACGAAUUGAAGCAAGAGUCAAACGUCGAGGACUCGGACUCCGAGGGCUUCGACAAUACCGACACCUUCGAGGUGAUUCACGACGAUAGAUCAGAGACUCCUGACGAUUCGGAUCGUCCAGUGAAGACCGAAGGAUCAGACUUGACUCAGGAGAUCUUCCCCUGCGCCAAGUGCCACGAGAAAUUCCCAUCAAAGACAGACCUCCAACGUCACACUCUCCACCACAAUCAGACAGAAACAGACAGAUGUAACAUCUGCUCCUUGGAGUUCGAGUCGUCAGAAAAGCUGAAGGAGCAUCGUUCCACACACGUGAUGGAGGGCGUCCUCUCCGAGCAAGAUCUUCGUGACGAACUGUCCAACAUCUGUGCGAAAGAGUACGAAGAGAAGUCUCUGGGCAGACUGGACCCCGACGACAAGGACCUGAAGUGUCGAAGCUGCUCCAUGACCUUCAUGUCGAAGAAGCUUCUGAUAAAACACAUGGAUUCCCACGAGCGCACCAAGUACAGGUGCAAACUCUGCACCCAAGAGUUCACGAAGAAGGAUCAUUUGAGAAAGCACGCUGAGCAGCACUCGAGGGUAAAGUCCUUCAAGUGCACGCAGUGCAGUAAAGUCUUCGGUAAUGAACUCACCCUGCGAAACCAUCUGAUUGCCACUAAUCACAAGACGAUACAUCAGGGUGAGGAGUACGAUCCGAACAAGAGGAUAAAAAGAGUGGCUGCCAAGGCUGCUCAGAAGAUAAUCGACAAAAUAAAAACCGAGGAUGGAUUGGAGGACUCUGAUCAGGAGGAUGGCGAAGAUUUUCGGGAGGACCAGAAGUCCAACGACAAGUCGUCAAAAAGAACGAACCGAAGAGACUUGGAAUGCGCCACGUGUGGGAAGAGAUGCAGCUCCAAGCAGUACCUGCUGCGACACAUGGAGCUGCACUCGAAGGACGAAAAGCCGGACUCGAAUCAGUUGAAGGUUAAGCAGAACGAUCUGGGCUCGAUGCAGAGAACCUGUGGAGUCGGUUUCCCCAGGGAUUUUGACGACAACUCUGACGACGACUUUGAGAGUGGCUUGGACUGGCCGAUGGACACUCAUGAGUGCACAACCUGCAAGAAGCGUUACAGCACGAAGAAGUCGUUGCUGAGACAUCAGCUACUGCACGAGGAACCCAACUUUGAAUGUGACAUCUGCAACGUGAAGUUCUACAGGAAGGACAAGCUCAAGGCCCACUACGACAAGUGUUCUGAGAAGAAUCCAGACCAAGUGAGGAAGUGCAACAUCUGUGGUGACACCUUCGAGAACAACGAGAUCCUGAAGGAGCAUCGGGCUAAGCACGUGGACGAGGGGAUUCUGACUGAAGAGGACCUGAGGGAGCUGGAGCCCAGCACUGAGGAUCGCAAGUCAGGGGAGAAGAUCGCGAGAAAACGAAGGACAGAUAUCGUCGGGCUAGAAUGCACAGAAUGCAACAAGCAGUACACCUCCAGAAAAGGAUUGCUAAGGCACAUUCAGGUGCACGAGGGGAAGAAGUAUCUCUGCGACAUCUGCCCCAAGAAGUUCUACAGAAGGGAACACCUGAAGAUUCACGUGGCUAAGCACAACAUGGUGAAGCCUUACAAGUGCACGAGGUGCUCCAAGCGAUUCAUCAAGGAGGAGCAGUUGGCUGCGCACUUGACUAAACACGAGAGAACCUUCAAGAAGAACAAGGAGACUGACUCCACGUCGAAGAGGUUCCUCUGCGAAAUAUGCUCCAAGAGUUUUACGCAGUCGACAACCCUGGUAGCUCAUCUCAGAGCGCAUAAUGGGAUUAAACCUUAUGUGUGUGAGGUUUGUGCAAGGCCUUUCACAACGAAUGCAUAUUUGAAGAUGCAUAUGAGAACGCACACUCAGGAGAGGCCCUACAGCUGUCAGUUCUGCUCGAGGGCCUUCGCCAGGGCUGACACUCUGGCUAAUCAUCUCACUUCUCAUACUGGAGAGGCCAAGUACCACUGUAAAUACUGUCCCAAGAACUUCAGGAGGCUGAAGUCGCUGAAGGAACAUGUGUUCAUUCACACUGGGCAGAGACCCUAUGCCUGUCCCACGUGCGAUCGGAGGUUCAAUAAUAAUGGGAGCAGGUAUGCACACUCGAAGAGGUGUAAACAGAAUCUCCUGCAGAACCAAGGAAGACAGGGCCAGGCCCAGGGGCAGGCGCAGGGGCAGGCGCAGGCGCAGAUGCAAGUACAAAGUCAGGAGAUUCAGGCGGUUGUGAUUGAUAAUCAAGGGGUGCAGGAGAUUCACGAAGUCCAGCAGGUUCAGACUGUCCAGCAGGUGCAGCAAGUCCAACAAGUGCAGAUUCAACAGCAGAAUCAGGCGCAGACCAUCAGGUUGGGCCCCACCAUGGGACCCACCAUGCAGGUUGUGCAGAACAAGAAUAUCAAGACGAUUACCAUCACCAGGCAGCCGGAUCAGGUGGGGCACCAGGUCAUUCAGCAUCAGGAGAUUCUUAUGCCGUUGAUCCUGCCUCUGACGGUUACACUGACUGAUGUGGAUGAUGAGGUGAUACUGCCUGAGGGGACGAAGAUUUUUACGACUACGUAGU